AAAAAAUGCAUGCGGAGUUGGAAGCAGAGCGAGAACAUUAUGAUGAUGAUCAUUCAGCUCUUUCAACUUCCUCUUCGUUUUCUUCUACUUCUUCCUCUUGCAGUGUCCCUUUCUCUUUCUCUCCGGCUCUAACAGCGGGACCGCCAUGGAGACACGUGGAGCCUAAUGGGGAUCAGGAUCACUACUCUUCAGUGGCCGGGUUCGGUGUCACUGGACUCACUUUUACAGAGCUCGACUGGACCACCGUUGAACACCGUUUCGACCGCCUUGCUUCAACCCGGAAUGUGCCUGAACCCGUGGUCAAAUGGUCGGAUUUUGGUUACUGCGUAGGGAUACAAAGAUCACCAGAAAUUUCUAAUGAAAUUCUGAAGGCAUUAAGAGGAAGAAGAGAGUGUAAAGUUGAUAUUACAAAGAAGGAACUUCAUCGCUACUGGCUUCGCAUGACUGACCCUUCUAUAAACUAUAGAAUACAAUUAUUCUUUGACAUGAUUGAUAGAAAUAUGGAUGGAAGAAUCACAGAAGUGGAUAUUAAGCAGACAAUUUUGAUGAGUGCUACUGCAAAUAAGUUGUCAGUAACUCAUGAGGAAGCAGAAGAACAUGCCGGUUUAGUUAUGGAAGCACUUGACACUCAUCAUCAUAAUCAAGGCUAUCUUCAGGCACCACAGCUGGAAAGUUUGUUCGAACUAAGUAUGCCACAAGGCUCAUCCUAUGCUAGUAAUGUUCAGCAUCAGAAUGGCUUGUAUCAAGAACCAAUUUCAAGAGCUGAAAUCAUGUUUCGAUCUUACUGGCGCCGCGGAUGGAUAAUCUUGUUCUGGUUGAUGAUUUGCGUUGCACUUUUUGCCUGGAAAUUCAUUCAAUAUAGUCACAGAACAGCAUUCCAAGUCAUGGGUUACUGCCUCUCCACUGCAAAAGGAGCUGCAGAAACCUUAAAAUUCAACAUGGCUAUAAUUUUGCUCCCUGUUUGCCGGAAUUCCAUCACCUGGCUCCGCAAGAACCGUCGCAUAAGCUCAGUUAUUCCGUUUAAUGACAACAUCAACUUCCACAAGUUGAUUGCAGGAGGAAUAGUAGUGGGUGUGAUUUUACAUGGGGGAACACAUCUGGCUUGUGAUUUCCCAAGAAUCAGUGGCUCUGACAGCUCAAUUUUCCGGCAAACUAUAGCAGCGAGUUUCGGGUACCAUCAGCCGUCAUACAUCCAGAUUUUGGCCACAACAGAGGUUGCAACAGGAAUUGCUAUGGUUGUCCUAAUGAGCAUUGCAUUUUCACUGGCAACAAAAUGGCCUCGCCGGCAGUCACCUUCACUACCAAGAUCUGUCAGACAAGUCACUGGAUACAAUACAUUUUGGUACUCUCACCACCUCUUCAUUUUUGUGUAUGCCUUGCUCAUUGUUCACUCCAUGUUCCUGUUUCUAACCAGCAAUGUAACCGAGAAAACGACGUGGAUUUACAUUGCGAUUCCAGUUUUACUGUAUGCUGGGGAACGGAUUUUUCGAGCUGUAAGAUCAAGAUUUUAUGAGAUUGAAGUCUUGAAGGUAAGUUUUUAUCCAGGAAAAGUGUUGUCUCUCAAAUUGAACAAACCAAAAGGGUUCAAUCACAAGGGUGGGAUGUAUACAUUUCUUCAGUGCCCGCAAAUUUCACCCUUUGAAUGGCACCCAUUUUCACUUACUUCUGGACCAGCAGACGAUCACUUAAGUGUACAUAUCAGAGCUCUUGGAGACUGGAGUUAUCAGCUAUACAGUCUCUUCCAAGAGGCAGUCUUAACUGGAGCAAAGGAGUUACCAAAAAUUUACAUUGAUGGACCAUAUGGUGCUGCAUCUCAAGACUACAUCAAGUAUGACAUUGUCAUACUCAUCGGCCUUGGCAUCGGAGCCACACCUUUCAUUAGCAUCCUCAAAGAUAUAGCUAAUGGUCUCCAGAACACACAGCUUGAUCAAGUUUGUAGCAGCCAAAAGGGUCCAUUAAAAGCCUAUCUUUACUGGGUUACAAGAGAGCAAAGCUCCUUUGACUGGUUUAGAGAUAUCAUGAAAGAAAUAUCAAAACCAAACCUGAAGCAGUCUGUCAUAGAGAUACACAACUUUUUAACCAGCAUUUACCAGGAGGGCAACGUGCGGUCAGCUUUGAUAAGUAUAAUUCAAGCUUUGUAUUAUCGCAAAACUGGAAUCGACAUUGUCUCCAGAACACCAGUACGCACACAUUUUGCUCGACCAAAUUGGUUAAAUGUCUUCUCAAAAUUGGCACGAAAGCAUAGAGGAGCACGGAUUGGGGUAUUCUACUGUGGACCAUCAGGAUUGGCAAGAGAGUUGGCGAGGUUGUGCACCAAAUUCUCAACCAAAACCAAUACAAGAUUUGUGUUUCACAAAGAGAAUUAUUAGAUGUAUUUUUCUAUUACUGAUGCUUUACUGCCAACUCCAUAUUAGGAAAUGGCAUAACUACCUCUUAGCUUUUUUUGUACCUACUAUCAUCCCUCUUUUUCUUUAUAGUGUUUGUGAUGAAAGCAUUGAGAAGUAACUUCUUCUUGCUUCUCCAGGCAAACCAAAUUCAAUUAGCAAACAAAUCUUCAGUUAGAAAUUGUACUAUAUUCUCAUUUCAUAGCUUUAAACAAUUGAUGAUGCAAUACUUACAGACUUCUAUAU